AUGAAGGUAGAGUAUUACAAUUCUUACAACCUUCUAACUACCAACACCACAGCUUCAUCAGCUAUAUCUGAAAUUAAAAUGAACAAACUUUUUGCCGUCGUUCUUUGUUUGGCCUUCGCCUCCAUGACCUUGGCUGGUAAUCCCUUGAUGAUGGGUGGUUUAGGAAUGAUGAACCCCUAUAUGAUGGGUAUGGGAGGUUUAGGUAUGAUGGGCAUGAUGAACCCCUACAUGAUGGGUAUGGGAGGUUUAGGUAUGAUGGGAAUGAUGAACCCCUACAUGAUGGGUAUGGGAGGUUUAGGUAUGAUGGGCGGUUAUGGUAUGAUGGGCGGUCUUGGUAUGAUGGGUGGUCUUGGUAUGAUGACCGGAUACAAGAAAUAAGGUGUAUACUUUCCAUUGUGCAGUUAUUUAAUGUAACCUGUUGUAUGGACUUAUUUUGUUGCUAUAUAUGAAUAAAUUAUCAAAUAAAAAC